GCAGCAUCACUUUCACAUUCACUCGCCAAGGUUACGUCUGGCAACGCCAAGAUAAGAUAAAAAUAAACAAUGCAACCUUUCAUAUUGUAGCCGUCACGUAGAUUUUUAGCAUACUGUACGUGAAGAGGUAACAUCGCCGAAUGCAGUCAGCCGUAAGCAGGACAGAAACGGACUUUGAUCACAUAGCUUCACGACCUGAUUCUUGUGACGUUACGGAAGGACUUUGGAUCGUCUCAGGGAGCAGACACUGGACCAAAAUCUCUGAAGGUUUAGCGUUUCACCGUCACAAUCUGGGACACCAGCAAUCGCCAUGGAAUGGAACAAGAUCACACGAAGCCAGUCCCUAAGAAGCGUCUCCACGUCCAGGACAGACACAAGGCUGCUCAGCAGGACGGUGUCCGUGACCCAGUUGGUUUCAAGAUACCAAGAUGACGCCGCCUCAAAGGGAAACGCUGAAAGGGAUCAGAAGCCAUCGGUUGAGCAGAUAUCCGUAACCCCCCCACCUGUCAAUGGCCCACUGCAAGGCAAGAAGCUCCAACUGAAGCCACCAAUGAGCAGAAACCACAAACAAGAACCCACUGAGACUCAAACCACUUUAAGCCGCAGUAAGUCCACGGGGAGCCUUCAAAACAACACAGAGUCCAUCGUGGCCCUGAAGGCUCGCUUUGAGUCCAUUCCGGCACCAAACAAGCCGAAGAGCGGCGUCAAAGCGGCAGACGUCCCAACGCCGUCCAAGGAAGCCAAGUCAGCAAUGAAUGGAGAGAUGGAAGAGUUAAAGAAGCGGAGGACUCCUCGUGCUUCAGUGAACCAAACCAAAAGUGAUGCAAAGAAGGACAAUCCGCCAGAAAAGGUGGUGAGUCGGGCAGAAAGAAGGACGACAACUGGAGGAGGUGAAUUUGAAAGAACGGUAGCCUGUGAAUCUGAUGAAAAGCGGCGGACCAUUGCUGACUUCAGGGAAAACGCCUUCCUCCCGGAAAAGGAGAAACUGUGCGUGUCAGUCAAAGCUCUGUCUGCUAUCUACCUGUCCAAGGUGGAAACUCAGGAAGCGAAGCAGACACCUUUAAAGGAGCAGGCAGCAGAUCCGUCAUCUGAAGCAGGGAGGCGAUCGACGCUAAUGAGGAUGGCCGAAGACGCCCCGCUAAGUAAAGAUGACCACCUCGGACGUCAGCUCGGGACGCGGCCACAAUCCCAGAGUGCCAAAGAAACCUUGUUCCACCAGCGUCAGAAAUGCGAGCUGAGGAGACUCUUGAAGCACACGCAUCCUGAGCUCACCAUGCUGGACAAGGUGGUGGAUGAGGAGCUUGCUGAGGUCUUCAACUCAGACUCCGAGGUGACAGCUGAUGAAAGCGGAUACGAGGGAGAGGUCCGCGCCAGACGCCUGAUAUUUGAGAACUGCGACCCGAGUGAUAAAGUAUCAGCUUCCAACCCCAGGAUGCGCACGGCUGAGGAGACGCUGGAGACAAGGAACCUCAGUAAAACAUCAGCUGUGUUUCAUCAGCCAAAUGAGAGGUCAAGUCUCGCUCAACCAGUCUUGGACUCUGACCCAAGACUAGCUUCUAGCCCGGAUAUCGACAUAGAGCACGAGGAGGAGCCUACAAGAAUAGACGUACAAGCAACCAGAAGGAUGUUUGAGAGCCAGUGUGUGGAGACAUCUCAGCUAGAUCUCCACAACAAGCCCCAGUGUAAAGUGUCUACCACGGGGUCAAUCCAAGAACAGCAAGCCCACAAACCAAGACCAUGCAGCGCUUCCCACAGCCCAACGCUUGGCGGUCAUGAAGAGGAGGAGGAAUCUCAGGACAGUAUAAAAACCAGGUUGGCACUGAUGCAGAACAACCCAUUCAUCUCACAAAACGUAGAACAUUCCUACGUUCACACAAGGAAAGCAAAUCCAGCAGUAGAAGAUGUUCCCUCUAAGGUUAAGGACAGAGCCCAUUUAUUCGAGUCAAUGCCGUUUGACAGAAUCCGACAGCAGAACAAGGAUGAAGUAGAAACCAUGGUGGAGACCCUCAAGGAAUCCCUGCACUCUCUCCAUGGCUUCAACGUCAUUCAUGCCGACGGCUCCAUCAUUGAGGCGAACGAAACCAUGCGAGCCAAGAAGGCCAAGUACUUCAUAUCACAAAGCGGACCUGAGGUGAACUGCCAAGAGGUCUCUGAGGGCAAUUUCCAGAACUUCAUCUUGCGUGUGCUGCCCCGAGCAAACCUGAAGCCACAGGUGACGUACCUGAAGGAGGCCUGUGAUGGAACCGUGAGGAGCUUGAUGCUAAACGUGCCCGUGCACCAAGACCAGGACUGUAAGACUGCCAAUGUGCUUCAGCUUAUUGAGGAUGUUCUGAAUGAAGAUAACUCUCUGAGGAAAGGAGUCAUCAUCCAGGAGCCUACCAGCAGAUCUGAGGACGUCAUGGUUUAUUCCCUUUAUAAGUACAGUCAUAAGGAAGAUGUGCGACAAUAUCAUCCUCUACAGGGGCGUUGCUCAGACACAAAGUCCCUAGUCGUCUCUUCAGAUAAGACCUGCCAAGGACCCAUCAGUCCUGAGGUCAAGGGGAACGUCCAACUAUUCAGAAGCUGUAUUGAGAGGGGAGAGCUGGAGUAUCUGAAAACUCUUCAGGCAGAGUCGACGGUUGAAGAACAGACGACGGGACAAAGCAGAGAGAUGGAUCUUGAACAGAGAGGCGAGGUUGCAGAUGAGAGUUCUCAAGAGUGGGCACCGGUGGAUAUGAAGAGGCUGAGAAGUAUAUUCUCUGGAGACCAAAAACCAAGCCAACCGAGACAAAAUAUUGACAAAUCCACAAGUUCUCCAGGACCAAACGUGACAGCCAAUAUGGCUGCUGAUGUCCCCCAUCCUGGACACGACAAAGAGUGCAACACUAAAGCUCAUGAAGAACCAAAAGACGCCAUCGGUCUGUUGCAGUUUGACACACCUUGUGGAGACACGGUCCUCCAAGCUGAAUCCGUGGAGGCGGUAGACAACUGCGAGAUCUCCAAGCUCCAAACUGCCAUCCACAGCCUCCAGCAGGCCACAACUGAAGCCAGAUCUUUACAUCAAUUGUCGCAGGAGAAGCAGCAAUCUGGAGAAGCGGUUGACUCACAGGAGAUGCAUGCAGGACAAACCACACCACCCAGAGACUGUGGCCAAUCAGAAGAGACGGUCUUGAGCAUCAAUUCGGGUCCAGAUAUUCAGGAUGUUGCUUCUGAGGAAAUCCACAAAGGUGAGGAGGUCCCAGAAAAACACAUCCCAGCUGCUGUGGUCUCCAAAGAUGCUUCAGAAGCAUCCUCACAGCCACAGGAAGAGGAACAUGUCCUUCAGGGGAAACUGAAAGCAGCCUUGGAUUCGCUGGAGAGGUCCAACAUUAACGUCACUCAAGGAGAUUUCAGAGCGGCAAUGAUUUACCGCAACUCAUCAAAACCUCCUCAAGAAAGACCGAAAACCGAUGCGGUUUCUGGUCAGAAGACAGUCAACCAAGACGUCUCAGCAACAUUAUCUCCUUCAAGUCAACAUGAGGUCAGAGAAGAAGGGAAGCUCACUGCAAACGCAGAGUCUACAAGCAAAGACAAAUCACAGAAAAGCAGACGGACUGUUGGACCAAAACCGGCCAUCCCUCCAAAACCUGAACACCUGAAAGUGAAAGAACCCAAGAGACAGUCGACAAAUUCAGAGAAGCAAACGGCUGAGCUUUGUCACGGAGGAAACACAGCUCAUGUAGAUCAACAUGACAAGGAUUUGUCUCACAGAAACGCCGGUGUGGUCGUAGAACAAGAUGGAGGGGAUCAGGGAAGACCUGCUGGGAAUGAAACACGGUCACAAACAUCUCAGGAAAUCCACGUCUUUGUGAACAAAGACGACAAAGACAUGAAUCUCCAGGAGAGACGCACACAGGACAUGAAUGAAGGUGAAGCCCACGUAGAUGUAGAUGAGGUCUGCCACCAGUUUGCCAGUAAAACGGCUCCUCCAAAGAGGAAGCCACCUGUGAAACCCAAGAGAGUGAAAAUAGCUCAACCUGAGGACAAACCCGAGGUGGGACAACCUCCUGGACUCAGCCAGCCGUGUAGUAAUCCACCUGGACAAAAAGACGAGCGGAUAACUGGAGAAGACGCCAAGGUCGCCUUGCGGCCAAAGAAGGGAAGGACGGAGACCGAGGACGAGCGGAGACAGCGCCUGUCGGUCCACAUGGACGAGAUCAUGCGGGGCAACAUCUCGGCCGCCAUGGAGAUCUUUGACAACUUGCGAAAGCAGGAGGAGCUGCAGAGCAUCCUCAGUCGAGUUGAAGAAAUCGAGGAGGACACGAGCAACGUUGAUGUCAGGUCACUGAGGAGAGUCUUCGAGGACGUCCCCGACUGGGUUGUCCACAGCAGCAAGAAGAAAGACACGCCGGUGAAGACGGAACACAAAGAGGAGAUGCCGACACUAGCCGAGAGCAAGUCCUCCAUGGCUCACGUUUUUGGAGAUCUGGAAAGAGCCAGCGAGGAAAUCAUGAAUCUCAAAGAGCAGACAUUAGCAAGGCUGGUGGACAUUGAGGACGCCAUCAAGAAGGCCCUCUAUUCUGUCUCCACGUUAAAGUCCGACUCGGACAUAGCUGGCCUCUCGUGCCUGUUUAAGGAGUCACUCGGAUCUUCUGCUAACAUCAGCAAAAUAAGCAUCGGCUCAAGCAAGACUAAACAACUGCAAGAACAAGAGGGCUCCACGGCGCCACCUGGUGAUCACAACCUUGAUAGAAGCCCACAUCCCACAAGGAGUCCCACAUCUUCACCUGCUUUCAUCUCCAUCCAGUCAGCGGCGAGAAAGUCAGACAAAGCGGAGCUGGCGUUGCCUCCAGAAGCCAACAUCUGCCCAACGUGUCAGCACAGCCAAAAACCAGAGGAGACAUUCUGCACCACCACGAUCCUUCAAUGCAGUCCUGGUCUGAUCAGGAAGACAGACAGCAGCAAGCAGGCCCGCUGCUCGCCACAGCGAGAGAUCAGCGUCCUGGAGGUGCACACUGACCUCCAGGGGAGCGCCAAAACCAUCACAGAAAACUACGAGAGGACGGACGCCUGCGGUAACAGGAUUUACUCGUCAAAAACCUCCACCGUGGUCACCGCUCAGACCCAAAACGCCACGCCCCCCACAGGCCAGGCAGAGGUCAGGCCGGCCGUGCGUCAGAUUGCCACGUAUCCCGAGAUUAUGCUGCCUAGCAACAACUACGGUCACUGAUUCCAAACUGUGGCACCGAUGCGGUUGGGUACGCAAAUCAGGAAGUCGCAGUCCUGCUCUCAUGUUGCCGUGCUGGGAUGGAUUUGUCAGUUGUUUUUGUUUUCUUUUUUGACAUAAAAAGCGUCUAAAGCGCCCGAUUGUCUCGCUUGUCUCAUCAGUUUCGAGCAGCGCGUCCGGAGAUGUGCUCGGCCUGUUUGAAGCCCGUUUAUCCCAUGGAAAAAAUGGCGGCAGACAAAUACAUUUUUCACAAAAGUUGCUUUUGCUGUAAAAAGUGCAAGAAAACUCUGAGCGUGUUCAAUU